AUGAUGCUACGCCUGACGACCUGCAUUGCCGCUCUGAGCGCCCUCCUUCCUGCCAUCCAGGCCCAAGGCGGUCCACCCGGUGUCGGCUUCCCCUCUCCUUGGGGUGUUGGUGGCCAUGGCUGGGAUGAGGCAUACGAAAAGGCGCGAGACUUUGUCGGCAAACUCACUCUCGUCGAAAAGGUCAAUCUUACCACCGGCACGGGAUGGAUGACCGACCGUUGUAUAGGAAUGACGGGGUCAGUCCCACGCCUGGGAUUCCGCGGAUUCUGCCUCGAGGAUGGACCACUCGGUGUUAGAUACACCGAUGGCAACUCUGCGUUUCCGGCAGGAAUCAAUGUCGCGGCCACAUGGAGCAGGGACCUGAUGCGCCGGCGCGGCGUUGCCAUGGGCGAGGAGUUCCGCGGAAAGGGCAUCGAUGUUCAGCUCGGCCCCGUUGCAGGACCCCUGGGUCGCGUCCCCGCCGGCGGCCGCAACUGGGAGGGCUUCUCGCCGGACCCGUACCUCACGGGCGUGGGCAUGGCCGAGACUGUCCAAGGGAUCCAGAGCGCCGGCGUCAUCGCCUGUGCCAAGCACUACAUCUUGAACGAGCAAGAACACUACAGGGGUAGCGUUGAUGUGACCAUCGAUGACCGGACGAUGCACGAGCUGUAUCUCUGGCCGUUUGCAGACGCGGUCCGAGCCGGCGUCGGAUCAGUCAUGUGCUCGUACAACAAGAUCGGCGGAGAGUACAGCUGUGACAACGAGUGGACGACAAACUACCUCCUCAAGAAUGAGCUCAACUUCCAAGGCUUUGUGAUGUCGGACUGGAACGCCCAGCAUACCGAUGCUCGUUCCGCCCUCGCCGGCCUGGAUAUGACGAUGCCUGGAGAUGGCGCCCGAGGAUACUACACCUCGUUCUGGGGCGGGAGCCUCACGGAGCUUGUGCUUCGUGGCGAGGUCCCCCAGUGGCGCCUGGACGACAUGGUCGUCCGCAUCAUGGCUGCAUACUACAAGGUCAACACCGGCAAGUUCGCGACACGGCCAGAGAUCAACUUUUCGGCCUGGAUGAGCCCGAACCAGACGGUCGGACCGCUGUACUUCAAGGCAAACAGCACCAUCACCGAAGUCAACAAGCAUGUCAAUGUCCAGGCAGACCAUGCCGAGCUCAUCCGCGAGAUCGGCGCCAAGUCCAUCGUUCUGCUCAAGAACGUGAACCAGACCCUGCCCCUGGUCAAGCCCGGCAGCAUAGCUGUGAUCGGCGAGGAUGCUCAAGACAUUCCCGGCGGCCCGAACGCCUGCGAGGAUCGGAGGUGCAACAAUGGGACCUUGGCUAUGGGCUAUGGGUCCGCCACGGCAAAUUUCCCAUACCUAAUCUCCCCGAUCAUGGCCAUCAGGAAGCAAGCCGAGGCCGACAACACGAGCCUGGUCAACAUCGAGAGCAACUGGGACCUGGACGCGGCGAGGCAGGCGGCCUCCAAGGCGGAGGUGGCCCUCGUCUUUGCCAACGCCAACUCGGGCGAGGGAUUCAUCACCAUCGACGGUAACAACGGCGAUCGCAACAAUCUCACCCUGUGGAACGGCGGCGACGACCUGAUCCGCGCCGUGGCCGGCGCGAACCCCAACACCGUGGUCGUCCUCCACACCGUCGGGCCGGUCAUCCUCGACUACGCCAAGGCGCACCCCAACAUCACCGCGAUCCUGUGGGCGGGCCUGCCCGGACAGGAGUCCGGCAGCUCCCUCGCCGACGUGCUCUACGGCAGGGUGAACCCGCAGGGCCGGUCGCCCUUCACGUGGGGCCGCAGCGCGGCCGACUACGGCGCGCAGCUGAUGUACAAGGCCCCGCCGCCCUCGAGCAGCCCGCCCGCGCAGAACUUCAGCGAGGGCGUCUUCAUCGACUACCGGUACUUCCAGCGGGCCCACAUCGGCCCCGUGUACGAGUUCGGGUUCGGCCUCAGCUACACGCGCUUCAGGUACGCAAACCUGACGGUCGAGACGACGCACGAGCCGCCGCCGCCGUACGGGCCGGGCGGCGGCGUGAUGACGCCGGCGGCCCCGACCUUCGGUGAGAUCGACAAGGCGGCGGCGGCCAACAUGCAGCCCGAGGGCUUCCGCCCCGUCAAGCCGUACGUCUACCCCUGGAUCAACGGCCCGCUCGACCCGCGGCGUCCCAACGUCAGCCAGCCGACCACCACGACCAACGGCUCCGCCCAGCCCAUCCUGCCGGCCGGAGGCGCCCCCGGCGGAAACCCGGGCCUGUACGAUGUUCUCUACACACUCAACUUCUUCGUCACGAAUGAAGGCAAGGUUGCCGGCACAGACAUCCCGCAGCUAUACGUUCAACUAGGAGGUGAUGAGAACCCCUGGGGCGUGCUGCGUGGGUUUGACGAAGUGAGCCUUGAGCCGGGCGAGACCAAGCCCGUCACCUUCAACUUGACUCGGCGGGAUGUGAGCAACUGGGACACCGAGAAGCAGGACUGGGUGAUCAACGGGCAUGAGAAGUUUGUGUUUGUGGGCUACAGCUCCACCGCUAUCGCUCUGAACUCAUCUCUGCCGGCUCUAAAGUAA